GAUUCUGCGACAGAACUCCAGUCUACUGACUCGCCAGGCCGGAAGAUGUCCUUAUUGCCAAGAAGAGCAAAAAAACAGGCUCAGAAUGUGGAAUCCCAAGAUGAAUUUUCUUUCUUCUCUGAGUUGUCAUCUGGCUCUGAAGAAGAUGACAAGGAAGAUAGUAUCUGGGAACCUCAGAAGAAAGUCCCCAGAAACCGUAAGCAGCCUGCUUCCAAGGAAUCCAACCGUAAGCAAAGGCCUCGGGUGAAGAAGAACACCCCUCCGAUGGAUGAUGUAUCAAAAGACGUGGCUGUUAAGGAGGAGUUGAAUAGCCCUGUACCUAUUGUUGGUGCCGAUUUGGAAGAGAAAAAUCACAAAUUGCAUAUGACAAAGACUCUGAAAACUGCAGCAAAAAAACCAAAAACCUCAGGUCAGAGGGCUAAAAAAAAGUUGAAAGUUGAUGAGGAGACCAGCCAGCCCAGUCCUUUAGAAGGUGGAAAUAACAAUAUGGAGACACCAUCAACAAGUACCACAUGUGAAGAUGUGUGUAAGAAGGAAGAAAGUGAAGACGACUUCACAUUUGGUCAGUCCCCUCGAAAGAAGAUGAAGACCGAAGUGUGUCCUCAGGGGAGGCCUGUCAAGUUCCCCGAAGGUGCCAACAGCAUUAAAGAGGAGGUGGAGAUGAACUGGGACAUAGUGCAGGUUUUAUCUGAGAGAACUAAUAUCGAACCUUGGGUUUGUGCCAACAUCAUUCGCCUUUUUAAUGAUGACAACACAAUUCCCUUCAUUGUACGCUAUCGAAAAGAGCUCAUUAAUAACCUCGAUGCCGAUUCCUUGAGAGAAGUUCGCCAAACCCUAGAAGAGCUUCGGGCAGUUGCAAAGAAGGUUCAUAGUACAAUCCAGAAAAUUAAGAAGGAGGGGAAGAUGUCUGAGUGCUUGCUAAAAGCCUUGUUGAACUGUAAAACAUUUGAAGAACUAGAACACGUGUCUGCUCCAUAUAAAACAGGGAGCAAAGGCACCAAAGCCCAGAGAGCAAAACAGUUGGGACUGGAAGGAGCAGCAUGGAAACUUCUGGAAAAUCCAGGGCAGCUCAACCUGCUUUCCUACAUCAGGCCUGAUGUUCAAGGCCUUUCCGAGCUCAAGGAUAUCGAAACAGGAAUACAGCACAUUUUAGCAGACAUGAUUGCUAAAGACAAAGAUACACUCGACUUCAUUCGGGACUUGUGCCAAAAUAGAUACAUUUCUAUCCAGUCAUCUCUUGCAAAAGUUUCCUCAAAAAAAGUAAAUGAGAAAGAUGUUGAUAAGUUUCAACUUUACCAGAACUUUUCCUGCAACAUAAGAAACAUCCACCACCACCAGAUUCUGGCCAUUAACCGUGGAGAGAAUUUGAAGAUACUGACAGUCAAGGUCAACAUUUCUGAUGGAGUGAAGAAUGAAUUCUGUAGGUGGUGCUUACAAAACAGGUGGAGGCCACGUGGCUUCGCACGGCCAGAGUUAAUGAAGAUCUUACAUAAUUCACUGGAUGAUGCCUUUAAACGCCUUAUUGUUCCUCUCCUCUGUCGAGAGUUCAGAGCCAAACUGUCAUCGGACGCAGAGAAGCAAUCGGUGCUAAUGUUUGGACAGAAUCUCCGCCAGCUCCUUUUAACGAGUCCUGUUCCAGGGCGCACCUUGAUGGGAGUGGAUCCUGGUUACAAACAUGGAUGCAAACUGGCCAUCAUUUCUCCUACCAGUCAGAUUCUUCAUACUGAUGUGGUUUAUUUGCACUGUGGACAAGGCUUCCGAGAGGCAGAGAAGAUCAAGAGGCUUUUGCUGGAUUUCAACUGCAGCACGGUGGUGAUUGGAAAUGGAACUGCCUGCCGGGAAACUGAAGCGUACUUUGCUGACCUGAUAAUGAGGAAUUAUUUUGCACCAUUGGAUGUCGUUUACUGUAUUGUCAGUGAAGCAGGGGCCUCCAUCUACAGUGUCAGCCCUGAAGCCAACAAAGAGAUGCCCGGACUGGACCCCAACCUGAGAAGUGCAGUUUCCAUAGCAAGACGUGUUCAAGAUCCAUUAGCUGAGCUAGUGAAAAUUGAGCCGAAGCACAUUGGAGUUGGAAUGUACCAGCACGAUGUAUCCCAGACUUUACUCAAGGCAACCCUGGACAGUGUUGUAGAAGAAUGUGUCAGCUUUGUGGGGGUGGAUAUCAACAUCUGCUCCGAGGUUCUGUUACGGCAUAUAGCAGGACUUAAUGCCAACAGAGCCAAAAAUAUUAUUGAGUGGCGAGAGAAGAAUGGGCCUUUCAUCAACCGAGAACAGUUGAAGAAGGUGAAGGGGCUCGGUCCAAAGUCCUUCCAGCAGUGUGCUGGCUUCGUCAGAGUCAACCAGGACUACAUCCGGACACUCUGCAGUAGUCAGCCCACUGACUCUUCAGGCCAGAGCCAGGGAGCUGCCACACUCACCAGUGAGAAGCUGGGCAAAAAGAAGAACAAGGCAGAUGCCACCCUCACUCCAAACCCCCUGGACCAGACUUGCAUCCAUCCGGAAUCCUACGACCUAGCAGUCAGGUUUUUGUCAUUCAUUGGAGGGACACUGCAUGAGAUUGGAAAGCCUGAAAUGCAACAGAAAAUAAAUUCAUCUCUUGGAAAAGAAGGUAUAGAGAAAACAGCAGAGAGGUUACAGACGACUGCACACACCUUACAGGUCAUCAUCGACGGUCUGAGCCAGCCCGAAAGCUUUGACUUCCGAACAGAUUUCGAUAAACCUGACUUCAAGAGAAGCAUAGUGUGUCUGGAAGAUCUGCAGGUGGGGACAGUUCUCACCGGCAAAGUGGAGAACGCCACUCUGUUUGGGGUUUUUGUGGAUAUAGGAGUGGGCAAGUCGGGGUUGAUUCCUAUACGAAACAUAACAGAAGCAAAGCUAUCUAAAACCAAGAAGAGAAGGAGCCUGGGGCUGGGCCCUGGAGAAAGAGUGGAAGUGAAAGUCCUCAACAUUGACAUCCCCCGAUCUAGGAUCUCGCUCGACCUCCUUCGGGUGUUGUGAGAUCCCCACUGAAGGCCAAGCACUAGUGUGUUCCCUCGUUUCUCCUGCUGGACAAGGACACGCAGCUAAUGGAGCCUGGCAGCAGAUGAGAGGGAGUCCUGGGUAGAAGUGUCCAUCACACCGUCCUGACUUCUCCUUUGAAAACAACAAAUGGUAUCCUCACCUGGCCUUGUUCGCAGCCGUUUUGUUACCGGUUGUAACUCCUCCUGGACCGCACUGUCUAGCAGGUGGCUUCACUUCUCCCUGCUAGCAUCUGCUGUCUUGGACCUGGGUGGAGUGUCUUCUUUAUUUGAAAUGCAUGGUGUUGGUUGACACAUUAGGACUAGCAGUCUUUAAUCCUGCCAUCUUAUUAGUUGUUAAAUUAGGAUUUUGCACAUAAUUCAUAAUUUUGUAAUAAUUUUUAUUUUCCUUUACCAAACCAAGCAAAAAUAUACCAGUAAAAGAGAUUAUCAUGUGUUUAUGACCAUCAAAUGAAUGAUUCAGUGUGUUCUUCAAAAGAACAUGUGUAUUGAACCCUACAAUAAAUGACUGGCUGGUGA